GGCCAAUAAUUGAUUUAUCUUUUUCUAUAUCUAUAUAUUUUUGGGAUUCCUUCAUUACCAAAACAACAAUUGGAGAACUCCAAAUAAUGGGGAUGAAUCAAAUGUCCUUAGCUGCACUUUUGCUUUUGGUUGCUGUCUCCAUCUUUAUUUUACAGGUUGUUGCAGAAAAUCCUAUAUCCCAAGCUAAAGCUGAAUCUGCAAUCCUUCAGGACUCAGUCGUUAAACAAGUUAAUGAAAAUGAAAAAGCUGGAUGGAAAGCUGCCUUUAACCCUCGAUUCUCGAAUUUAACGGUUUCCCAAUUUAAGCGUCUUCUUGGAGUUAAGCGCACAAGAAAGGGCGAUUUAAAGGGCAUUCCUGUUUUAAGUCAUCCAAAACUUUCAAAGUUACCACAAGAGUUUGAUGCACGAGUGGCUUGGCCUAACUGUAGCACUAUUGGGAGAAUUCUUGAUCAGGGACACUGUGGUUCUUGUUGGGCUUUUGGUGCUGCUGAGUCACUGUCUGAUCGUUUCUGUAUUCAUUAUGGAUUGAAUAUCUCUUUGUCAGCAAAUGAUAUCUUAGCAUGCUGUGGAUUUCCCUGUGGGGAAGGUUGUGAUGGUGGAUAUCCAUUACAAGCUUGGAAAUACUUUGUCCGCAAGGGUGUGGUCACAGAAGAGUGUGACCCUUACUUUGAUAAUGAGGGAUGUUCCCACCCUGGGUGUGAACCUGCAUAUCCCACCCCCAAGUGUCAGAGGAAGUGUGUUAAACAGAAUCUACUCUGGACUAAGUCCAAGCAUUUCGGCGUCAAUGCAUACAUUAUCAGCUCCGAUCCGUACAGUAUUAUGACAGAAGUUUACAAGAAUGGACCAGUUGAGGUCUCUUUCACUGUCUAUGAGGAUUUCGCUCACUACAAGUCUGGAGUUUACAAGCACGUAACUGGUGAUGUAAUGGGAGGCCAUGCUGUUAAGCUCAUUGGAUGGGGAACCUCUGAGGAUGGGGAGGACUAUUGGCUUCUUGCCAAUCAAUGGAACAGAGGCUGGGGUGAUGAUGGCUACUUUAAGAUCAGAAGAGGAACAAACGAGUGUGGCAUUGAAGAAGAAGUGGUUGGGGGAUUGCCUUCAGCCAGAAACCUGAACGUGGAACUUGAUGUGUCUGAUGCUUUCCUCGACGCCUCAAUGUGAAUGCUAAUUCUUCAACUAAACACUAAAUAGGAUUUAAGUUUCUGAAGAUUUGGGGAAUAAUAACAUUUUAAGCUUCAUAUUCUUCCCCUCCUAAUUUGUCUGCAGCAUCUGUAAUCUGCAAUUGUUCCACUGUCUUAAUUAUCAAUGGAAGUGUUUUCUAUAUCUGUUAUGUAUUUCUUCAGAAGUACUCUGUCAAGCUUGGCAAUGUUGUAACAUUAUUAUGCAUUGUACUAAACUUUAUUAAUGGAUUGUACCUUCUUGUUGCUGUUGUGAUCAAA